CUGCGCUGCACAGACACCAGCCUGCUCCUGCACAUGCGUUGCCAUUUCGGGAAUCCGCAUGCUUAAGCUACACUCUAAAUCUCUAGUAGGUCUCCAAAGCCAUUCACGACAGGGCGUAGCAGACUAGCGGUAAGCAUGGAGAAGACCGGCGCCCACGGCGGCAAGCGGUGGCUGCCGCGCCUCCUCCUGCUCGCCGCCAUGUCGUGGCUCCUCAUGGUCUACUUCCACCUCGCCGUGUUCCGCACCCCGCCAGUGAGCGCGCCGCACGCGUCCCUCGUCGCCGUCCCGUCGGACGGCGAUGACGGGCAGCGUUUCCGCCUCCGCCAGCAGGAGCAGCUCAAGAAGAUCGGGUCAGCCAGCGUCGGCGCGCUCCCGGCGGUGGCGGAGCGGCGCCCGCGUGGCGGCGGCGACGAGGCCUCCUGCCGCGGACGGUACGUUUACAUCCACGACCUGCCGCCGCGGUUCAACGCGGACAUCCUGGGCAACUGCCACAACUGGUACCCGUGGCACAACAUGUGCGGGUACCUCGAGAACGGCGGCCUCGGCGAGCCGGUGGACAACGCGGACGGCGUGUUCGCCGACCAGGGGUGGUACGCCACGGACCACUUCGGCCUCGACAUCAUUUUCCACCGCCGCAUGAAGCAGUACGACUGCCUCACCGACGACUCGUCCCGUGCCGCCGCCGUGUUCGUGCCGUUCUACGCCGGCUUCGACAUCGUGCAGCACCUGUGGGGCGUCAACUCCACGGCCAGAGAGAAGGACGCCCUGUCGCUGGACCUCGUGGACUGGCUGACGCGCCGGCCCGAGUGGCGCGCCAUGGGCGGCCGCGACCACUUCUUCCUCUCCGGCAGGACGGCGUACGACCACCAGAGGCAGACAGACAGCGACUCAGAGUGGGGGAACAAGCUCCUCCCCCUGCCGGCCGUGCAGAACAUGACGGUGCUCUUCGUGGAGAAGCUCCCGUGGACGAGCUUCGACUUCGCCAUACCGUACCCGACCUACUUCCACCCCGGCAAGGACGCCCAGAUCCUCGAGUGGCAGCGGCGGAUGCGCGCCAUGAAGCGCGAGUGGCUCUUCUCCUUCGCCGGCGGCGCGCGGAACGACCCCUACUCGAUCCGGCACCACCUCAUCAGGCAGUGCGGCUCGUCGAGCUUCUGCAAGCUGGUCCAGUGCCGGAAGAACGAGCGCAACUGCCUCAUCCCGAGCACCUUCAUGCGCGUGUUCCAGGGCACGCGCUUCUGCCUGCAGCCGACGGGGGACACCAUGACGAGGCGGUCGGCGUUCGACGCCAUCAUGGCCGGCUGCGUGCCGGUCUUCUUCCACCCGGACUCGGCGUACACGCAGUACAGGUGGCACCUCCCGGCGGCGCACGAGACGUACUCGGUGCUCAUCCCGGAGGCCGACGUGCGCGCCGGCAACGUCAGCAUCGAGGAGACGCUCCGGCGGAUCCCGCCGGACGUCGCGGAGCGGAUGACGGAGACGGUGAUCGGGCUGAUACCGAGGCUGGUGUACGCGGACCCGAGGUCGAGGCUGGAGACGCUCAGGGACGCCGUAGACGUGACGGUGGGCGCGAUCAUCGAGAGGGUCAACAAGCUCAGGGAGGAGAUGGGCGGCGGCGGCCGAGGUGCACAGCAAAGUUAGAUCGGAAAAUUAGGGAGAGAUUAUUGUUAGCUGAUGGCGAUACACUAGUACUACCUUGAAUGAAGCAGAAAAAAGUGAUCCAAGUCCCGGACGACGAGUAUAGCCGUAUAAGAGGACGCAGGUUUUCAGUGUAUUUCUGUCAAUCUGCAGAGUCGUGCGCUGUUGCACUGA